AUGUGCGCUUCUGCGCUCGCUCUGCUGCUGGCGCUGAUCUUUCGCUCUGGCAUUUUGCGGCUGCUGUGCUGCGCUGUUUCCUGCGUCCUGAUCGAGCCCUACGUCACUUGCUCGCUGUGCACGGUGGACAAGGUCUAUAGCGGUUGCUCUGGUACUUUGUGCAUCACUGAAGAGCUCUACGGCCAUUGCUCUUUGUGCAUCACUGAAGAGACCUACGGCCAUUGCUCUUUGUGCACUGUUGAAGAGACCUUCGGCACUUGCUCUUUGCAUUUCACUGAGGAGUCCUACGGUACUUGCUCGCCUGGCUGCUUCGGCGACUUCAGCACUUGUUUGGGCCACAUCAGUGACGAGAUCUACGACUUGAAACCAGCUGAGAAAGGAAACAGUGAACAACAGCAUCCAGACCCUGCACUCACCCAUUGCUUUGUGUGUAGCACGUGGACAGCCAGUCUUUUUGACAACAUGGCUACAUCCACUCCUGCUACCUCAGGCAUUCCCUUGCAAGAAUACCGCAAGGAUGUUCCACCGGGUUGGAUUCCAGGCAUGGCUGAUUAUCCGCUACGUUUAUACCUUGAAAGAGUCAAAAUGUGGUAUAGACUAUAUGACGGCCCAGAUGAGACAGUUGGACCAUUGAUCGCCGGCCGUUUAGGUGGCCGCGCCCAGAAGAUUGCUCUUUCUCUUCGGCUUGUUGAUCCCCAUGGAAACUAUGAUGUGGGAGAUGCGGCUUUGGUCCGGCUGUCCGUAGAUGAGGUCAGAGACCCAAUGAACCCAAAUGUGAUCCUGCAACAUCAUAUUCCUUCAGGAGUACAAGCACUCUUCAAUGCCCUGAAGGACGCAUUUGGAGAAGGAGAACAGCUUCGUGCAACUCAAUCAUUGGAGAAUUUCUUUGACUUUCGACGUGGUCGUCUUUCCUUGGCAGAGUAUACUGCUGAAUGGAACAUGCGCUUGGAGGAAGCGAUUUCACAUGCUGGCUUGGACGUCAAUGCAGUGGCCAGAACCUUCUUGUAUUUUCGUGGCAGUCAGUUGCCUCAAAGACAUGUAGAUGACAUCCUCAUGCAGAUCCAUGGUGACCUUUCUCGAUUCUCAGAUGCUCGAACAUUGGCCCUUCGGCUAGCACAUCGCCAAGGACCUGAUGGACAAAACAUGCAUUACGAGCAGUCUGAGCAGUUCUACAUCGGUGAUGAUGAGGACUGGCAAUGGUAUGAACCAUGGAAUGAAGAUGGUGAUGCACACUACUAUGAAGAUGAUUGGGGCGAUGGCUACUACUAUGACUGCGAUGAAUACGAUGAAGAUGGUUACUGGCCAGAUGACCAACAAGAAGGGCAAGAAGACGUUGAUGCCAACGGCGACAUUGAUCCAUCGCCACAACAAUCCCAACAAGCUCAACAGCCAACAUACUUCAAGAAGAACCUUGGUAUUGGCUGCACUGUUUGUGGAUCUAAGUGGCAUGAAUCUUCGUCCUGCCCUAUGACAUCCUCAAACUAUGGCAAAGGAAAAUCUCAUGGAUCAGAUCAACGUCAACCGUUUCGAAAAGGAGGAAAGUCCAAAGGAAAAGGCAAAUAUGGUCGUCCAUGGUCUUUUGGCUAUCGUGGCAAAGGCAAAGGCAAAUAUGGCCGUCCUUGGUCCUAUGGCUUUCGUGGCAAAGGAAAAGGUUAUGGCAAAUACUACAUGGAUGACUAUGACCAAGGUGGCUAUGAACGUUGGUCCAACGAGUACUUUCUGGAACGCCGUGAUCGAGCACAACUCCAACUUCAUCAUGCUCGCACCGGCAUGGACUUUGAUGUCAAUCACAAAGAGCCAUCGUUUUCCAGGAUGUCCUCUGAUCGACCAACAGAGGCCUUUGACACGAAGCCAACUGAUUCCGAUGGACCUGCUGAGCCUAUCCUGAAGAUGUCAUCCUCCUUGACCUCCGCUACCAAGAAUGUUGCCAAAACCAAUGCACAAUCUCCAACAUCAACAUCAUCCAUGUCACGACCAUGCAAGACUCUCAACUUUCCAACACUAUCAGAACACUCAACAGUUUAUCAUCAAGUUCGCGGACACAGUCGCAGAGGUUUGCUGGUAGACCCCGGUGCUGGGGCUGGCAUCAUUGGAUCGGAAACAUUGAGAGACAUUUUAGAACAUGUACCAUUGCUGAAGAACAACCCAACGCUGGUGGAAUGGACAGAACGAAGCACCUCAGUGACAGGCAUCUCUGGUCAAGGUGAUUCCACACUUGCACAUGUCACUUUUCCAUUUCAUCUAUCAAAGAAGCUGAUGGGAAGUUUUUCUGCAGAUGUCCUUGGUAAUGAAGGAAGUUUGUGUCCUGCUCUGUUGCCGAAUCCUUCUUUGCGACGUGUACAUGCGUGGGUUUUGACCGAGUGGUUUUCCAAUGGUGAUGGCCUCCUUGUUUUUCAGAACCAAGAGAAAGAUGGCGUCUCUACGGAUCAACUGGUCCUGCUUCGAAUGCUUCUCACUGACUCAGGUCACUACAUACUGCCCAUUGAUCAAGAUUUUCAUGAAGAAGAAAGUGAUCAGAAGGAGAAAGUGAUUUUUCAUAUGAAAGCCAUUUGUGAACAAUCAUCAUCUCAAUGGUCAGAUGUUCACCCAACAGUCCAAUCACUUUUGUGUAUGCAACACCAAGACGGACCAUCCCGGGUGAAGCCUGAGCAGAGUGAACUACGAGAGGACCACAGCAAAGAUCAUUGGAGAAUCGAUGAAGCAGACAAGAAACUCAUUCGUGUGCAUGUUCGGCCUCGCCUUGCCUUGUUCGUGCCGCAGCAAGAGAAGUGCCCUGUGGACAUCUCCAACAUUGGCAGAACCAGAUUUUCCAAGAUCUUCUAUCGUGAUGGCAGCUCUGAAGAUCGUGCAGAUGAAUGGCCUGAAGAUGAACAUCAAAAGUUACUGCAUGAUCGGUGGACUGGCGAAACUAUCUUUGACAUCCUGCCUGCACAGCCUGAAGAGCACAUUGUCCAUGACGAGAAUGAGACCGUCUUUCAUGAAGAUGACAUUGCAGCCUACGAAGGAGAUUUCUUUCCUGAUCAUUUGCCAGAAGAACAUGUUCGCUAUUUGCACAAGAGAUAUGCUGCAUUGCCUGAGCUCUUUUACACGAGAACAAGGAAGAAGGUGAUUCGUCCAGACAAUGUGCGCAGCUGGAUGCGGUCUCAGCCCAAAGGAAGCAGAGCUCACUUGUGGGAACUUUGCAGCGGAACUGGUCGCUUGUCUCUCUUGGCAUUGCUCAGCGGCCUGACAGUUUUGUUUCCAGUUGAUCUGCGAUAUGGUUGGGACAUUGGCUAUGCACCUCAUCAGGCUCUUCUUCGUGAAGUGCAUGAGACACUUUGUCCUGGGUGUCUUUUCAUGGCACCAAACUGCAGACCAUUCUCAGUCUCAGCCAACAGGAUGCCUUACGAGAAGAUGAUGGCUGAGCGAGCACAAGAAAAGCCAUGCAUAGACUUCCUUCAAGAACGAGCUCGAAAACAACAUCAAGCUGGCAGAGGAUACAUCUGGGAGCAACCUUGGCCAUCUGCUAUGUGGAAGGAACUGGAUCUUCCUGGACAUUGCUCUCGCACCGAUCAAUGUCGCUAUGGAGCUGCAGAUGAAGAAGGAAGACCCAUUUUGAAGGCCACCGGAUUGGACUCCAACUUUGAGUUGAGAUACUCCUGCUCCUUGUGUCGUGGUCAUGGUGGUAAACCUCAUGCUUGGCUUCAGGGACAAGUGCAAGGAGUCAAUCGUACCGCCAUUGCAGCCAUGUACCCUGAAAGACUUUGCAAGUCCAUCGCACGGGACAUCAAGCUGUUUUGUCAACGACUCCAGCUGUUUCUCGAACAUGAUCAUGGAGCCGAUCAAGAGAAGGAGGAUUACUACACGUGUCCCCGAUGCAAGAUGGGUCGUUUGGCCAGAGACUAUGAGCAACACACCUUCAUGCCUGGCGAAUGUCGCUAUGGCAAGUGGCCUGAGGAUCAGAAACCAAAGACCAUCAAACAACAGGUGGAGGAACGACAUCCAGAUCAUGGGAAGUCUCCGACACAACUCUUUCGAGAUGAUGCUAUGAGAAACACCAGACUGCGUCAAGCCAAGAUCAACAGCAUUCCUGAGCUUCCUCUGGAUGAAGAACAUUCUCAGAUCCUCAAACAUGCUCUCAUGAAGAUCCUCAACGCAGCACUAAAACAUAUCGAAGAGAACAAGGAUGCCUACUUUCACUGGCUGGAAGACCCUGUGAUCACACACUGGAUCAAAACUAUCUUCAAGCCGUUUAUGAAAGUGAAUGGUAUCUGUACCCAUAUUCAACCAUGGAAGAAGCCUAUACCAACUCCAGUGCUGCGCAUAGAAGAUGGCCACCUUCGGCUCAUGCUACGUGGCAACAUCUGGAGGUGGAGAAUGCUUCAACCUGAAGAUUUGCGAGAACUCUCCAAUCACCAAUGGCAUGAACCCACUGACAUUGAUGAAGAUUGGCUGAUCACCUUGUUUGGCACGGAGUCUGAAAGUUCAGUGGAAGAGUCCAAAGGCGCAUCCUCUUCCUCUACUGCCAAAUCUUCGCCUUCAACACCUGCUAGAACAUCACGCAGGGCUCCAGCGACUCCUGCAGAGGCUGAAGAGUUUGCCGAGCCAUUGAUCAACCCAUAUGAGGUGGAUGCGGCUGAACCAGAAGAUGGAGUUGAUGUUGCAGUUGAUGAAGAUGUUGCAGAAGAAGCAACGGAAACGAUUGUGCCUGCUCAAACUCGCACAAUCAAGCCUACAUAUGAUUUUCGAAGAGUGUAUCAGAAGUUACCUCAACUUGCAACAUCCAACGAAGCCUCUGCCAAGAAAUUGCUGCUUGGACUCCAUGAACGAUUUUUCCAUGCACCAAUUGUUGACUUUCGCAACAUCCUCAUCCGUUGCGGAAUGCCACCAGAGGUCCUUCGACUGGCGACUGAUGCAGUUGCUGCCUGCGAGAUUUGUCGCAAGUAUGUUCGUGCCACAAGACGUCCCAUGGUGAAGACCAAUUUGGCCUUGACAUUCAAUGACGUCAUUCAAAUCGACAUCUUCUACUACAAGAGUGAUGCCUAUCUGUUGAUAGUGGACGAAGCAACUCGCUUCAAAUCUGGUGGCACUUUGCAGAGUCGUGAACUCAGCUCCAUCCUCAACGCUUUAACCAACAACUGGCUUCGCUUCUUUGGACCACCAAGACAACUUGUUGCUGAUCAAGAGACUGCAAUCAUGACACAAGAAGCUGGUGCUGAGAUGGACCGACUCAACAUCGUUCGAUGUCCAAAGGGAACUACAACAGGCAAAGAAGGAAAGAAACACACAGGCACAGGUCUAGUCGAGAAACAUGUAGACUUGACCAAGAACUGCAUGAACAAGAUCUACGAAGAAGCCCUGAGGUACAACAUCACUGUUGAGAAAGAUGAGCUCUUCUCUGAAGCAAUGAUGGCACAGAACAGUACUUUGAACUAUGGAGGAUACACGCCAUCAAUGUGUGUGUUUGGAGUGCUACCCCGUGGCUUCAUGAAUGUAGAUGACAUCAACCUUGCAGUUGAAGGAAGUGAUCCAACCAACUCUACGUUUGAGAGGGCUGCCAGACUUCGACAGAUUGCCCUGUCUGCUGCACAGUCAUCAGUUCUUGAAGAACGAAUUGUUCGUGCUGGCCGCACUCGUCCUCAACAUGUGGAUACUUCGACCAUGGUUCCUGGAACAACGCAGAUUGAGAUUUUCAGAGAAGAUCCUGCGAACACUGGCCAUGGCUGGCGAGGUCCUGCAACUUUGUUGGAUUUGGAUGAGUCAAAUGGCACUGUCAUUGUGAAGUACCAAGGCGGACCUUAUCUUAUGUCUAUCAGGCAUAUUCGACCUUUCAGAGGGCAUUUCUUCCUUUUGGAUGAACAUCAACUACAAGAAGAGGCCAUGCUGCGAUUGCAGAGUGUUGUGGAGUCAUCAACACCUCACAGAAUGCAUAGUCUUGGCCAUAUCUAUCAGAAGAACUCCAAGACUGAAGCGUUCGAAUGGAAGGCCUUUCCACCAGAUAUGGACUUCAACAACAAUGAGAUCAUGAAAGAUGUGAGACUGAUCGCAUCACAUUUCAAGGUGCCCGUCUUUCAUGGAGUUCGAUAUGGCCGUGCUCUCAAAACAAUUCAUGUUCCUCUUCACACAAAAGGAAUUCUCUUGUGUUGGCCCUCUGGAUCCAAAGAAUAUGUUCUGGUGGAGCAUAUCAAUGACAAGCACAUCAACCUGAAGAAAGAAAUGCAUCGUGUGUUGGAUGAUAUUUGUUUCAUUUACAUCUAUACAUACGUCAUUUUUGAAGACCAUCAACCUUUGACCAUUACCUCACGACAGUCACCGCAGCAACAACAAUUUCGUCAACCUCAUGACUCAACACUCCAACCAAUGCAAGCAGAAGAAGUUCGUGAUCCAGCCUCCAAAAGAGAUGAACCAGAAACCGUGACCAUUCUGGAGGAGCCUGGCGUGAAGCGGCAACGAGUUUUCCACAACAGCAUGUCUCUCCAAGAUCUUUUCUUGCGAUCUCUUUGGUGGAUGCUUCAGCGACCAAUGUGUGUCAAUUGGGAUCCACUUUGUUUCUUUGACCAACAAGCGCAUGACCUAGGUGAGCCUCGUCUUGUUGACCAUACGAUGAAACAUCAUGAACAAGCGCUAUUUGUUCUUCCUUGUCGCACCGCUGCAACUUUGUAUGCUGAUUUGCGAGAAGGAGAGAUUUUUCGUGUGGACACCGACACCGAUGUUUUGACUGAGGCCGAUUUAGUGUCUCACUGGCAAGAGUUUGAGAUUGCAGAUGAGUUGGAAAUUAGACAGUUUGUGGAAGAACAAGCAUUUACCAAGAUCGCAGCCAAUCAAGUCACUGAUGACACAGUCAUAGUGGAUUGCACAUGGGUCAGAAAAUUCAAGAGAAAUGCAGACGGUUCCAGAAAGGCAAAAUCCAGACUUUGCGCAAGAGGGUUUCUUGAUCCUCAAAGGCAUGAAGUGCCUACGAGAUCUACAACGGCAACGCGGUUGUCUCAGAGAUUGCUCUUGUCUAUGGCUUCCAUUUUUCAAUUUGUUUUGCAAAGCUGGGACGUUUCUGGGGCAUUCUUGAAAGGAUUCACCUUCGAGAAGGUUCGACAGUUGCUUCAGAAGAAAGGCAUCCAAACACCCAUGAGGAAAGUUGCAGUGAUACCUCCAGCGAAUGUCUGGAGGCACCUGGCAAAGGCUGACCCAACAUUUGCCGUGUCAGAAGAUGAGCUGCAUCUAUGGAUGCUUCUUUGCGAAAAGCCCAUCUAUGGGCUGAAUGACGCACCCUUGGCGUGGCAGCUCAAUAUCCAUGAGCACCUAGAAUCUCAAGGUGGAGUUCAAAGUGUUCUGGAUGAAAAUUUGUUUGUUUGGAAGAGCCGCUCGAAGGUCACAGCCCUUAUCACCACUCAUGUGGAUGACUUGGCGGUUUGCUCCAACAAGAAGUUCCUUGAGCUCCAGUAUGCCGAGUUGACAAAGAAAUAUGGUAAAGUGUCUCUACAACAUCUUCCAUUCUCUCACUGUGGCUGUCGGUACUCAGCGACUGCUACUGGCCUUCGAAUGGACCAGAAAGAUUUCUGCAUGAAUUUGAAGGAGGUUCAUAUUGAGAAUGCUACGAAUGACGAAAGAGACCUGACCAAGGAAGAGCAGUCCACCUUGCGCUCUCAACUUGGCGGCCUACUUUGGCUUGCAGCCACCAGACUUGAUCUGGUUGCAGACAUUGGUGUUUUGCAGAGCUAUGUCACCAAAUCCAAAGUCAAGCAUUUGAAGGCUGCCAAUCAAGUGAUUCAACGCGAAAGAGUUCUGAUCCUGCUGAUGGAAGACAGAUUGCCUGUCACCACAAGCUAUGAGAUUGAUGGCAUCGAGACUUCCGAGGAGCUCUUUGGCGGUAGAGCACAUGUUCUGUGGAGUCAGGGCUCACGAAGCAAACGAAUCUCUUAUUCAACAUCUCAUGGCGAAACGUUAGCAGCGAUCAAUGGCAUGGAAUCUGCAAGCCUUGUGGCACUACGCUUGGCCGAACUGAUCCUGCCGGAUCGGAAACCGACACUGCAGCAGCUUGCAGCCUUGCAAGAGCGUGGAUAUAUUGAAGAUGAGACCAGUCUAGAGUAUGAAGAUUCGAAGAUCAUUCAAGCGUUAGCACUCACAUUGCCUGGCAUGUUCCCAUCUGGAAAUCGUUUGCUCUACUUUGCAUUGCUGAGCAGCUGCCUUUUGCCGCUGGUAUCCUCGAGCUCUACGACAUCGGGCUCCAGCGCUGGCACUUGCAGCACCUCAGAUCUGAAUGAGAGCACCGUAGCGUAUGAAGGUGGCGACACGACCUUCUUCCGCGCCCUUCCAACGAGCAAAAUGCCCAGAGAAAGUGGCGUCGACGCCCCUUUGGAGGAGCGAUGGAGCUGGUGGAGUAUAAUAGGACUCUACCUGGCAGGAAACCUGGGCAACGGCAGGCGGGUGCCGAAGAUUUGCAAUUGGCAGCUGCAGCCCCCGGCUGAAACCGCUGGGCCACGCCGCGCGGGGGUCCCAAGAAAGCCGCGCCCGCAGCGCGUCGCCGGCGUCAACGGAGGCGGAAGCGCCGGAAGGAUCCAGCAAUUGGUGGAGCGUCUGCAGACCCAGGAGGAGACCCCCUAUGCCCCCUGCGUACGCCUUCGACCAGUGGCUUCACCCUGCCAGGUGAAUCGUCCCUUGCUGUGCUGCGGACGCUUGAAGCGUCCUGCGGAACUCCCUGAGGCCACUCCCGGCAGCUCUCUGGAUUCAGCGGCGGCCGAGAGGGAGCAAUGGGCGGCGCGCGCUGCCCGGGAGGACUACGAGGCUCGAGAAGCGGAACGCAUCAAGUACUAUUUCAGAAAGCCCAAAGAAAGUGAUGCCAUGGCAUCCUCCCAGGAAAUGGCGAGAUGUGCCAGUGCACCUUCCCAAGGUCGCAGGAAGGAGGCUCAACAGGUAACGCCAGAAGCUGGUCGAAAGAAACUCCCAAAGUCCAAGAGCGAAGUCUUGGUGACGUUGAACUUCAUGGACACAGGUGACAAGUACACCCUCCAAGUGGAUCCGGAUCUCCGGAUUGGGCCCUGCGCCGAAGACUCCGCUGGGCUCAAGGGCAUCAUUGAGGAGAUCACAGGUGUCCCUGCGCCCAAUCAGAUCCUCUUUUGCAAGCGCUGCAAAAUGGGAAACGACAGGCACACCUUGCGGUCCUAUCAUGCACACGACAAUGCAGAGGUGCUGGUGCGUUUCAAACCCCAAAGGUCCAAGUUCCCCCAAGCGUGCACAGUGAAGUGGCGCCAGCAACAACAGUUGCACCUGCAGCGCCGGGAAAGGGCCAGGGAGUAUUGUGUUUCCCAAGCGCAGCAAGCACAGCAUCGGAUCCAGCCAUGCUGGCAGAGGUGUGUGGUGCCACAAAAUGGCACUUUCUUUCAGUACGCGAAACGCGGCAUGGAAGGAAAGUUGGCGCAGCGAUUUGAUUUGCAUUGGAAUGGCCAGGCGGCAGAUAUCAGGACCAAUCUCUUCCACGAUCCCUUCGCGAGUUUUGGGGACUACCACACCUUCCGGCCCGAUGAGCAUUCGAGGGAGUGGGAACGGAUCCGCAGCAGCACUGCAUACACCACCAAACUGGAAUUUGAGAGCUGA